CUAUUCGAUAUUGCAAAUAUGGAAGCAUACUGUAAUGAUCAUUGCUAUCUUCGUAUAGAACUAUGGAAGCAGUUGAGAACAGAACUGGAAAAUUCUGUGUCAGUAAACAGUAGUAAAAGAAUGACAUAUUUCAAAUCCCAUCAGGCGAAAAAUAUUGGAAGAAAUGAGAAACUUGUGCAGCGAUCAUAUGUUACGAUUGAUGACGUUCCAUUAACAUCAAGUGUUAAACGCUCUUCAUGUAAAAAAAUAUGGCAAUUUUCUCAGCAGUGGAGGAAACGAACUGCUGAUGAAGAAAGAGAGAUCUUAUUCAAAUUUGAAAAAGAGGGACUAGAUCAAGAAGAUUUGAAGUUUUUGGAAGAAUCAUUUUAUAUGUUACAAAAUAACGAGAUGGCACUGUGGAAUAAGAAACUAUGUUGGGUAGCAAAGGAAGUACCUAGUGUUCGUCAGUUGGAUAAAUCAAAGAAAAACGGGAAACAUGUCAACUAUUACGACGAUCGUAAACUAGAAGAAGUAAUACCGCACUUCUCAGGAUGUGCUCGCACAGAAGGUUACUAUAAACCAUCUCGCGAGGAUAAGAGAGGUGUUUCACGACAGGCAGAUAUUUUUCUGAGGAAGGAAAAUAGCAGAAGUCAGUUGUCGAUGCAGCUGUCGCGAGAAGCUCAUAACACCAGUCGGUGCUUGUUAACAACAAUGAGUGUUUCUUCUGAUAUAUACAAAAUCAAUCAUCUCACACUUCGCAGAAAAUUGGUUAAAUUUGCACGUUCGAAAAUUCAUGGCUGGGGAUUAUACGCCUUGGAGGCGAUAGCUCCUGAUGAAAUAGUCAUUGAAUAUAUUGGACAAAAAAUACGACCUACAGUGGCAGAUGUACGCGAAAAACUUUACGAAAAGCGUGGAAUUGGUUCCAGCUAUUUGUUUUGUAUUGAUUCUGAUUAUGUAAUUGAUGCUACACAAAUGGGAAAUUUGGCUCGAUUUAUUAAUCAUUCGUGUCAACCGAACUGUUAUGCAAAAGUUAUCGUUGUUGGUGGUGAAAAAAGAAUUGUCAUCUAUAGCAGAUUAUCGAUCGAUAAAGGCGAGGAAAUAACUUAUGAUUAUAAGUUUCCAGUUGAAAAAAACAAGAUUGAUUGUCUUUGUGGAGCACCCAACUGUCGUGGGUCUCUGAACUAA